GUUAAGUACCUUUGCCUACGCUGGACGACCAAGAAAUUGCAGGUCGGCUCCGAAGCGUGUAAGAAAUUAUUCGCGCGUGUACGCAACCUUUCUCGUUGUUGUCUCGUGAUAUCCGAGUCUUGCGUAUUAUAUUCCUAUUUCCAUACCUAGAAGUCGCCAUCGUACAUCCAAGUCCUCACAUCAGGGCAAAGAACCUCAGCUACAGACGAGCAUCCCGAUAACUAGAUCCGUACAACCUGUAUUUGCCAACAUUGGCAAGAAGCACAGCGUACAACCCUCUUCUCUACUUUUCCUCGAGACAUUAGCACAGUCCAGAGAUAAUGUCUUCAUCCAAAGUCCUCAACCCACAGUGUCACCACUCUGAGCAGUAUGAAAUCAGCACAGAUGGAGAACCAGUCCCGGAGCUUCCCUACCCAAGUCGUCUCGGCUUCCUCCAAACCACUGAAUCCGGAACAACAAUCCGCUUCAUCGACCUGAACAAGAAUCUUUGCCGAAACUGUUGCGACUCGCUUAUUCCCGACGGCAAGUAUCUUGUGUGGUCUGUCCUCGCUGGUGCCAGCGCAGCCAAUGUUGUCGCGACACUUGCAGCACUCGUUCCGGGUGAUGGGCACUUUCCACCAAUUCUUAAGGCUGGAUCAGAACUCAAGGACACACUGAAGAAUGUUUCUUUAUCCAUCCCAGACCUUCCUGAAGCGGAAGAGGCAUGGAAAUGGCUAGAAACCCAAGAUAAGCCAUUCUAUAUCGACCAACUCCAUAUGGUAGUCGGUCGUAAUAUGACUCCUCUAGCUCGGAAACGAGCGGCAAAGGACUCUGCGGUGGCAUUGCGGUACGGCGAGGUUUUCAACCCCGAUCUAGUACGAUCACUCUCUACGACAUCUCAUUUCCGGGUUGACCAGCAUGUUCAGCUUGAUCAGGGGACGCAGGAUACAAGCGAUUUCGCACCGCCGGUGAAGGAGAAGACGGUGUCGAAGAAGUCAUCUACCAACAAGAAAUCGGAUGGGAAGAAGUCGAAAGAGGAGAAGCCGUCCAAGAAGAAUUCAGUCAAGAAGUCCGACGAGAAGCAGUCCGACGGGAAGCCGUCCAAGAACAAGUCAGAAGAUACGGUGUCAGAUGAGAAGAGCUCCAUAAAGAAGAGCAAAAAGAAUAAAAAUGACAAAAAGGACAAAGAGGGUGCUCAGCCUACAGAGGUCAUCUCCUCUCCGGAAAAACAAGUCUCGGAGUCUUCAACUGUGUUACGGAAGCCCAAAGACAGACUUGAAGCCAGUGGCGAGCCCUGCAAGACAAUAUCCACGGAUACUUUGAACGAAGUCGCUUCGAUAUCCGGAACUAUCUCCACACCGAAUCUCACCCCUGAGCCAAAAAAAUUGAAAUCCAACCCCGGUGGCGCUACUAAUGCAUCAACAAGCGCCGUUGACACAAAGGGCGCCAGCUUGGACAUCGAUGCAACCCCAGGCAUGACAACGACGGUGAAAACGUUCAGCAGAAGCUGGGCAUGGUCUGAGCCCUUCGAAUUUGCCACUGGUACCAGGAAGGUGCCGGCACUGAGCGACUAUGAGAGGGUGGCUGAAUCACGAGCGCCACCUCAACACACAGCCAACUCGCUAUAUAACUUUUUUCGACAAGACUUGGAGUUGGACGCGCCUCGCAAAUUACUUGGCCCCGGUGACUUUACCCACACGGCCUCAAGAGAUAUUUCGUCGUCUCUUAUGAAACCCCCCACAGCUUCGCAGCUCUCAGAAUCCAAGGCGAGCGGUUCAAAAGGUCACGGUAACGAAUCUUCCGCAAAGAAGACAAACAAAGAUUCGGACGCGAAAAGCAAACCGAAAAAAUCGACUGUCGAUUCUUCACACUCUGGCUCCUCAGAAAGCGCCAAGCCAGCCAAAUCCCAGGAAAUGGGUCAGUGGAAAAGCCCUGAAAGGUCUACCACCAGCAAAAAGAUGGGCCAACUAGGCCUGGGGUAUGCGAGUAAUUCAUCUCAAGACAGGAAAAGCGAGCAAUCCAAGGCAAAGAUCCACAAUGACACGUCUUCGACGAGCAGUCACCAAGCCAAUAGUAAAUCCGUGGCCAGGACCCAAGAGAUUCAUGAAAAGUCUAUCAAGGUUAAGUCGUCAUCGGAUGGGCCUGGAAUCUUCUCUGAUCUCAGCAAAGCCGGGGCGAACUAUUUUGCACACAAAUUGAAUGAGGCAACAGAGAAGACACACAAGAAAGACAAGGAUGAAAAAGAUAAGCUGUCAAAGCCAGAUCACAAGCCUCAGGGUCAAUCUGAGCCUGAAUUCCAUGAGCCUUCACAGGGGAAUGGCCCGAGACCCUCUGAGGAAACAGGAGCGAACCAGACUCAGCCGAGCCCUGCUGAGCAACCUGGUACCAAUCAACCCUCUGAUGCGCCAACCCAGGACGACCUUCCGGAUGAGGCCGGUCCGACAACUCAGGCCGACCCAAUAAGUCAGGCUGGCGUGUCAACUCAAACUGGUCCGCCCAUUGGGACAGGCCCUUCAGUCGAGACGCAGCCUCCAGUCACUAUCGGCCACAGUGACUCCACACAGUCUGGGCAAAUCGCUGGGACAGGUGGACCUGUGGAGACUGUGCUCGCUGCUGAGGGCAACAUGUCUCUACAGGCUAGUGCCCAAGGUUCUUCGGAUCUAUGUCCUCCAUCACAGCUUCCAUCACAAGCAGGAGGCGCAUUCACCUCGAACCAGCCCACCAGUGUGUCUGCCACACCUGUGAACAACACCAUGAUGGUGGCAGCCGAGUCUCCUGCUCCAGCUCGCACAGGCGAACGAAUUGUUAUGCCUUCAUAUCAGGCAGCAGCAGGCUUUCCAACGCCGCCGAAUGGCCUCGGGACUGGAAGCCCUAUGAGCCAGUCUGUUAAAUAUCCACAUAACCGUGGAGACGGUCACCACGCAAUUGAUAAUUUGAUUGAGGGCGAACCUCUCUUAAAUCAACCUGCUACUCACGCAUCGUUAGAACGACCGUUCUCUGGGGAUGGAAUUGGUGUGUCCGGCAAUAGCAUAACAUCUACCAAGCCUAUACAGGAGCCAAUCAAGACCGGUAAUACGCCAUCUGACAUGUCAAGUCCAGAAGUUACGGGCGCACCGGCAAGUUCUGGGUUAGGUAUGCCUCAGUCUUCAAUGGACCAGGCUCACCCUGGCAGGACAACUUUCGCACCGGGGCUGAAGCCUUUGCAUCCAAGUGCCUCGAACCUCCCCAACGAAGAGAACGAGCUGUCUGGACGCCAGCCAGAGAAGAACCUCGAAAUGAGCCCUGGCGCUGGUUCUGGAGCUGAAGAUCACGACCACACAGCGGGACAAGAACCCAAGCGAUCUCACACGAAGCUUGGCGGCCAAACAGGACACGAAAAGCCAGGUCGCAAACCAAAAAUACACCCGUCUAAGAUCAAGCCAGAACACCACCCCAAGCGUCCAAACGCUGGCAGUAGCCACAAACGCCCCUCCGGCGUUGGUGUUGCAGCUGGCGUAUUAGCCGGGGUCGCCCUUGGAGCUACAGUAGCAGCUGUUGCCGCAAACACAGGGUCAGAUGACGACUCGAGCUCCGACAGUGACAGUGACAAGGAAUCAACCCAUUCAGAGUGGAGUGGGGAUGACGAUGGGAGCGUCUCAGAGGCUAACGAUGAAAAUGACUCUUUAGAAGGCGAGUCCAUGGCCGAGGAGGAUCAGUCCGAUGACUCAGGGGACGAGACCCCCGGUGAUGACGAGGAAGAUACAAGUGCCGGUGAAAGUGAUGGCGGCGAAGACCAGGAUUUGGCAGCAUCUGAUUCGGACUCGGAAGGUAACAGCAGCCCAGAGCAAGCUGAUGAUUCAGGGAGUGAAGGCUUAAACAGCGAUGAUGACGAUGAGGACGUCAGUGUGGGAAACAAUUCUUCCGAGGGCGAGAACUCUGAGUCCGAGAGCGAGGCUUCUGGUAAUGAAAGUGAAGCCAGCAGCAACGAAGAUACAGACCAGGACUCAUCUGGGCUGGAGGACAACAGCGAUGAAGACCCCGAGGAAUCUUCUUCGGAUGCCGGGGACGACGAAAGUGGCGAAGAGGACGGUGGGGAUACGGAGCAAGAGGCUUCGAGCAAUGAAGAAAACAGUGACCUUGACGAUGAUGAGGUCAGUGACAGCCAGGAGUUUUCUGAUGAUGACUGAUCAGGCGGUGGAAAUGGAAAUGGAGAGGAGUCUGGUCAACAGCAAGCAGAGCAGUAGGUACAUAGCACCGUAGUCUCAAUUAUCAAAUCAAACAGAGCGAGUCCAAUUGUUGCACGAGA